CGGAGCAGCUUCCACCAGGAACCACCAGACACCAGGACCUCUGAACCCGUUACCAUGGAAACCACCAGGACCCUGCUGUUCCUGGGGAUCUGGACCGGCACAUGGACCCCCCACGCUGCAGACUUUAGCUCCGCCCCCACGGCCCAGGACGUCCACUGGGUUUCCCUGGACUUCACCACCAUGCUCACCUGGAGGCUGGACUCACCUGGACACGACGACUUCACCUACAGCGUCCUCUUCUCCAUGGAGGACAGCGAUUGGACGGAGAGUCCUGACUGCACCCAGAUGUUUGGAACUCAGUGUGACCUGACGGACCACCUGUUACCUCUGGACAGGAGCUACCAGGCCGACAUCAAGACGGAACCGCUGGAUGUGGACAUGGACGACGACCCCGAGACGUUCCCGCACACCUAUUCCCCCCACUUCAACCCCUACAAACAGAGUAACAUCAGCGCUGCUAAGUUCGUCCUGCAGGAGGUGGACGAGACGACGGUGCUGGUGAACAUCUCAGAUCCUCUAACGGCCAUCCAUCAGUCGGGGAAGCAGCUCAGCAUCAGAGACGUCCUGAAGAACGACCUCAAGUACAAGAUCAGCUACUCCAAGUCCGGCAGCACCGGAAAGAGGGACGUCAUCUCCGACUCCAGCGCCGCCUCUGUACUCGGGUUGGACUCCGGAGAUAAUUACUGUUUCAUGGUAGCAGCGUUUGUCCCGUCCAGACCCCGGAGCAGCCAGCAGGGGGCGUGGAGUACUCAGCUGUGUACCGACAAGUACACGCCCGUACUACGAGAUCUGUCUCCAGGCGUUUGGGUCGGCGUCGUCUUCGUGGUUCUGGCCGUCCUCGUCAUCGUCGUCACGGCGAUCGUCCUGCGGCGCCGAGGCCGUCGCCGCGGCAACAAGCCCGUCCAGCAGACGGAGCAGACGUCUGUCUGAGGUUCUGGUUCUGGACCGGAACCAGAACCAGAACUGGAA